AUGCCCCUCGUGAUCCCAGAGAAAGACAAUCUCUCAACGCCUUUUCCCUAUGAUUAUCCCAUUCCCAAAGAUUCCCCCACGAGCGAGCGUAACCAAGAAAGGAAAAUCCAAGUCCCUCAGGCCUUCUUGACCCUCUUCCCACGAUUUUCCUUCUCCGCCUCACCUCCCUCAACCACAUCUCCACCAUCCUUCUCCCCAUUCUCCUCCUCCUCACUCACACUCACAUUGCUCCCUUCAACCUCCUCCAUAACCCCCCUCUUCCUUUUCCCCCCAGCCUUGACAAUCCCCUCGCGCUUCCUCAGCUUCGCGCUCUUCCUCUCCACCUCGGUCACAGGCAACCCCAUAUCCGCGGCAAUCUCCUUGAUCGUCAUGCCCGCUUUCCGCCCUUGAACCAGCGUCGCCUCGAGCUCCGGCGUC